GCUCCAGCCUCUAAAAAUCUAUCGCCAAAUCAUGAGCUCGCAAAAGCUCAAGACAGUCGUGACUAAUGUACCUCCAGUCACAAGAGCAUUGACAGCAGCCAUUAUCAUAACUUCUGGAGUAGCUCUGUUGAUUACAUAUACGAGAGAUCCCGAAGCCACCACUCAUAACAAUGUACCAGUCAUUGGUCUGGUGCCUGGAUACUGGCUUCACUACCCUUGGACUUUCCUCACAGCCUGCUUAUACGAGAAUAAUAUCUUUGCCUUUAUUACAAGCGUUGUCGCUACUUUACUCGGUGGAAAGUACCUUGAGCGAGUGUGGGGUAGCAAAGAAUUGCUAAAGUUCGUGAUAGUCACCGCUAUCAUACCGAAUUUCUUGACUUGGCUCACCUUUAUCGUUCCAUUCUAUAUCACUGGAAAUGACGAUUUUCUCUUUAAUUACCAAAUCAACGGCAUGACGGGUGUUCUUGCCAGCUUCUUGGUCGCCUUUCGACAUCUUAUUCCCGAACAUCUGGUUCAAGUUUUUGGCGGAACGGUGUCGAUUCGAGUAAAGAAUUUGCUGGGGAUCUUAACGGCUGCAACGAUUGUGUCUUUGGUCUUGUUCCAAACACUGGUGGUGUACAACCUGGUGAACUUGGGUUGGGUUGUUGCAUGGGCACACAUUCGAUUCUUCAAAUGGCAAGAUGGUGUUCAAGGUGACCGAAGCGAAACUUUUGCUUUGUACACCUUCUUCCCAGACUUUUUGCACACUCCCAUCAAGGCUAUCUCCAACAUUGUUUUUGGAAUUUUGGUAGCCCUUAAAUGCUGUAAGCCCUUUCCCCCUAGCUGGGGUUAUGACUUGGAAGGUCAAGCGAGCACAUCUCGAUCUACACCUGGACCUCUACCUGGUAGUGCACGUGCUGAAGCAGAGCGUCGACGGGCACUGGCUCUCAAGGCCCUUGAUAUUCGACUUUCUACUAAACACACCCCUUCACCCACUGGAUCGCCUACACCAACAUACACCUUACAAACCGCCAGCCCGCAAAUAUCCGCCUCGCAACAGAAUAACCCUGUCUUGUUUGAUGCUGGAGAAACCAUGGAGGCAAACUCCAAUGUCGAUGGUGAUACUGUGGCCAUUGGCAUCCCCCACGACGAUGACAAAGACUCAAAUUGAUAAAUAGAAUUGUAAUAUUUCAUUUCACCUGAGCCUAUAUCCCUAUCCAAAAUGCCAUUUGAUAUUGUAAAUGCUUUUUCUUCCUGAGUCUUUCAAGUUCAUUUCUUCAUACUUUGUAGUUGGACAUUCCUAGUAGAUGGAUGGUAAGGGAGUGCGCGCUCAUGGUCAUUCGAUUACCCUACAAAAUAUACUUUUUUUUUCAUUAAAAACUCUUCCCCCAGAAACAAAACUGCAGCGUGCGAAACAAAA